GACGACACAUGCAGAGGCACCAAAUGGACUCCCGGCGCCAUUGGCCUCAUCACCAGAUCAGUGGUUGUGGCGUUGCAGGUCCUGGGCCCGAAGUACUUGGAGGGGUCCAAGAAAGUCAAGAAGCGCCAGAUCCAGCGGACGAUCGAUUUGAUCCGCAGUCUUGGCAAGACUUCCGCAGAAAAGCGGGCCAUCGAAGGCUGCGGCCUUCCGGCUGGGAAACCUUUGGGCGACCCGCCGCUGACUGCCGAGGAGCUAGUCGACAACGCGAUCAAAUGGAGCCAGCGCUGCCGGAAUCAGGCCCUUCGUAACGAAGCCUUGCCAGAGGGCACUCCGGAGUCGGAAGCGGAGUACAUGCAAGCGCGGCUCGCACGAUAUCGUGCGUUCGGCCUUGCAUGGAGCUUUGUCUUUCAGACGACGGAGCGGAUCGGUACAGUCCUGAACCGAACCCUGCACUGGGACGAAGACGCUGAGGCGUACUUCUUCGUGGCGGCUGGCGUGAGCCCCGUGAAAACAGAGAAGGCGAAGCGGCUGAGCCGCGGGUACUUCGUCAGUCGCAAGUUCCUCUCUAAAAAGUGGAGCGCCGAAUUCAGUGCAUGGAUGGAGACUGACUGGCCCAUUCUUGUGUCAUACUACAAGUUGCCGGCUAAAGGCCCCACUUUCAAACCUCCGGCGCGCCCCGGUUGUGCCCCUUUCCUCCCAAUCCCGUACGACACCUUCCGAAAAGGAAUUCGGAUGGUAUGCAGAGCCUGCUCCACGGUUGUCAGGGGAGCAGCAGAGGGGUACUUGAUCGUUGACCCCGAGAUCACCGGGCGGCUCCACCAGGUGCGAACGCUGCAGAGGUUCGUCGGGCACGACGAAAAGACGUCGUUGAAACACUAUCAUGUGUUGGGGAGCCGCGCCCUGUCUUCGAAGUUGCAGAAGCUCAGCGACAAAGCAUCGAAGAAGACCAAAACGGCAAAGAAGGCUAAGAAAUAG